AUGAUCAAGGAAAAACUGGAGUGGUUCCUGGAACACAACAACAUCUUACCGGAUACAGUCUGCGGAUUCCGGAAAGGUAAAGGGACAAUGGAUGCGCUACACUUGCUGGUUGAAGAAGUGCACACAGCCUUCUCCCGCAGAGAGCAUGUUGCAAUGUGCAGCAUCGACAUCCAGAGUGCGUAUGACAACGUCCAGAUCCCAAUAAUGCUACAAGAGUUUCGGGAGAUUGGAGUCGAAGCCUGCCUGAUCAAAGCGCUGCAUGGGUUGUUCGGUGAACGAAUUUUGUCAGCAUCGCUCGACAACGUCACCUGGCUAGUCCGCAUAACCUGGAUGGGUUUACCCCAAGGUUCACCUCUCAGCCCAUUGUGCUUCAACGUCGUGAUUCGCAAACCGAUGGAACCAUCUCCGACAUGUUCGAUCAAACUAGAUUUCGCUGAUGAUAUCACAGUCGCAGUUCGAGGUAAACAAGUGGAGGACUCGGUAAACACCCUGCAGACAACCUUGGAUGGAGUGGUACGAAUGCUGAAAGAACUUGGUCUCGAAGUUUCACCACCAAAAAGCGCCGCAAUGAUCUUCAGCAAAAGAUGUCUGCCGGAUGUUCCUGAACUCUACAUCAACGGAGCAGUAGUAGAGUACAAGGAAUACAUAACGUUGCUGGGAAUCAACCUUACUCCAACACUGAGCUGGGCCAGUCAAAUCAGGAUGGUGAAGCGGAAAACUUCCUUGUACGUGAACUUCAUGCGCGCUAUUCGAGGAGAACCGGUCUCAAGGAUUCCCAGAAUCGUCGAAGGCAUCAUCUCGCAGAAGUACCAAAAUUCCAUCGUAUUUGCUACGGACGGAUCGAAAGAUGAAGACGGCUGUGGCUACGCAGUAGUGGAUGGAAGUUUCCAGAUAGUGAAGCAGAUCAAGCUACCUAAAACUGUAUCAGUAUUUUUGGUCGAACUGCUGGCGAUUCGGCAAGCAGUGCAGCACAUCGCGCAACACCCGGGUAGAGAGUUCCUGAUUCUGUCGGACAGUUUGAGCAGCUUAAGCAGCCUGCACAACAGAAGUCUCCAGGGAACUACACCGAUUCCUUGGUUCGAUGUACGAAACCACAUCAUGCAGCUCGAGCAAGCGGGGAAAACGGUUUCCCUCAUGUGGGUACCAGCACACAGGAACGUGACACUGAACGAAGCGGCGGAUGCGGCGGCAAAACUUGCGUGUAAAGAAGGAGAACCAGAAACAUACCAGCUUAAUUCGUGGGACAUCUCGUACCCAAGUCGGGUGAAGGCUUUGCAGCAAUGGCAAAACAACUGGGACAACGGCGACAAGGGCAGGUUCUGCCACGGAAUCCUGCCGAGGGUGUCCACAACACCUUGGUUCUACGAGACAGAGUUUUCACGGAGGGAGAUAGUAAUCCUCUCCAAAUUUAUCAGCAAUCACUCCAGAAUCGCUACACACCUGAGGCGCAACAACAUCAUCGACGACGACACGUGCGAGUGCGGGCUGGGGGCGGCCACGCCGAACCACCUGUUGUUAACGUGCGACUUUUCACCCGAAAAACGUGUGCCACCACCAUCCGUAUAG